CAUAACUGUACAAAACUGUCAGAAUGCUUGUCUUACAGUGUUCUGCAAAAGCAAAACGGUAGAAUGGAAUUUCUUAUUUUUGCUAUAUAAAUGAUUCUUUUCUUUUUUUUUUCAACCCGGGUUUUAUUUUCGCGGUAGCUUUUUUCCGUCAUUCCUAUCGGUUCGGAUAGUAGGCUAUUUUACGCCGCUGCUUCAUUUUCGAGGUUCUUGGUUUUACUUUUUUCUCCAUGUUAGUUGCAUCAGUACGGUGUGUAUGGCACAUUUCAAAAUACAGAUUAAUUUGACAUCAACUAGUUUAUGUAAACACCUCGGAAGUCAAAACGAAAGUGUAUGUUAAAAUGUAUUCAGCGAAAUUAACGUUAGGCCUGAAGUAAUUUUGUUUCAAUUUGCAGCACUGACCUACAGUGUUGGCAGACUUCUCAAGACAAGGCUAACCCAAGCCGUCGAAAACUAGCCCAAAACUAUGAGGCGACAAUGUAGACAAAAGUCUAAUUAUUGUACAGCGGGCAUUCGCAGGUAAAACCUGUGGAAUAAUUGGAAUGGUCAAACCCUGGUUCGCAUCUGAACCGAAGGAAUUACCGCACAAUGGUACAAGCAAUUAAAUGUCCAGUGUAUGCAGGGCAACAUGAAUCUGGAGGACUACUUUGAGAGGAUUGGUUUCAAUGGUCCUUCUGACAAAGCAGAUCUGGAAACCCUAAAAAAUGUCCACAGGCAACAUGUCCUCUCAAUCCCAUUUGAAAACCUCAGCAUUCACUGUGGAGAGCGGAUUACCAUGGACCUGGAGUCCGUCUACACCAAGAUUGUGAAGAAUAAUCGAGGGGGUUGGUGUUUCGAAAACAACCAGCUCUUUGCCUGGGUACUGAAAGAGAUGGGCUACACCUACACAACACUGGGGUCAAGAGUGUUCAACAGAUUAAAAAAUGAAUUUAGCUCAUUGGAGUCUCAUAUCAUCAGCAAGGUCGUAAUCGAUGGAAAUUCAUACAUAGCAGACGUGAGCUUUGGGGUGUCUCGUCAAAUACGCCACCCUCUUGAACUUGUCUCAGGAAAAGAUCAACCACAGCUCGCUGGUGUCUUCCGCCUUGUGGAGAAUAAUGGUGUGUGGGUCUUGGAGAAAACAGGAAGAAAGCCCUUCAUUCCAAAUGAGAGCUUUGCCAAUUCAAGUCUUGUAAACAAAAGCUUAACUAGGCAAUUAUACUCCUUCACUCUAACACCACGGAGCAUUGACCACUUCCAGGAAACCGCUCAAUUCCUUCAGACCUCACCAGAGUCUCUAUUCACAAACAAAACUAUCUGCUCCCUGCAGACACCCACUGGAUUUAAGGCACUCAUUGGCUGGACAUAUAGUGAGGUCACCUACAACUACCAGGAUGGGGUUGAUCUGCUUGAUAUGAAGGAUAUAGCUGAUGAUGAAAUAGAAAAAGUAUUAAAGGAAGAAUUUUCCCUGACAUUAAAAAGUAAACAUACUCCCAAAAUUCUGAAAACCAGCUACACCCUUUAGCCCAAAUAACCACAUCAGGUUGCAGCAAUAUUUGCCCAUACUCUUACAUAAUGACUCUUAUUUUAAUGCAAGUCUAACCAUCCACACGAACACUUCAUACACAGAGCAUUGUAUGAGAUGUACUAAGAUAGCCUCCAUUGUGAUUUGUGGACAGGGGCACAAGCUACAUUGUACCAAGGAAAGGACAUGAAGGGGUGAGGGUGGGCAUGGAGUGGUUUAGAAUGGGUUUAUAAUUUCUAAUGUAUUCAUAGGUUAUAAUCUCCUGGCAUUAAUUCAUUCACUAUACUUCAUAUAGUUCAUUUUAAGAUGGAUCAGUAUCAUCAUAUAUAUUGUGAUUUACUAAGCCUUUACUUAUUUACAAAUGUAAUGCAUAUGUGCCUUAAUCAAACAAUAAAUGGUCAGUUUUGUUUCAAAUGUACAAA